AUGGAGAAGAUCAUUAAGAAGGCCUUGAUGGAGUUCCUCGAGCAGCACCACCUCCUCUCCGAUGCCCAACACGGCUAUCGAAGUGGUAGGUCCUGCCUCACAAAUCUCCUCUUCACGCUCGAACGCUGGACCAAAGCACGCGAUGAAGGCAAUGUGGUGCACGCCAUCUACAUCGACCUCAAAAAGGCUUUCGACAGCGUUCCUCACCAAUGUUUCUUGUACAAACUGCACAACGCUGGAAUUCGUGGACGCCGUCUUGUAUGGAUCCACAGCCUUUUGGCUGGACGGUUCCAAAUAUUGCAGGUCGGGCGUCAGCAGUCCUCAGAUGUAAGCGUGGUGAGUGGCAUCCCACAGGGCUCAGUCUUAGGUCCCACGUUUUUCCUCGUUUUCAUAAAUGACUGCGUCGAGGACCUAGACUGUGAUGUCAUCCUGUUUGCCGACGACGUGAAAUUGUGGAAAGUUAUUCACAAUGCGUCAGACACAGACUACCUGCAGUCCUCUAAGAGAUUGGAUAACUGCUGGCAUUCCAUAAUUCCUGGUUAAGUCUGACGUUAUUUUGUACUGUAGCUUACAUGAAACAGAAGUCGUUGCUAUCUACUACUUGGAGGGUGCCAAUGGAGGUAUGCUAAUUACACAUAUUUUUUUAUUUUCGUGGGACAUUUAGCGUUUGUGCUAUGGCAUGGAUUUUUAGUGUUGUUUGUUUAUGGGCAAACGUUUCGAGAAUUCUUACAACCUGAUGAGUCACUUCUUCCGCCGCUUCUGGUAAGCGGGAAAGACCUUGUGAAUUUUGUUUGCCUUUUUCUUGCUGUGGAGUUGCAUCUGCUCAAAAUACUCUGAUCACCUGCAGUGGACCUUGCAGUGGGCUUGAUUUUUUGUACAGCAAAUUGCAGAUAUGCAGGAAUUGCAUAAAUAAUCUGAAUACCUUCAAUAUUUGUUUUAAUCACAGCCCACAACACCGCUUACUUUGAUUCCUUCGCACUUACAAUACGGGCUGAUUGGGUGUUUGCAUUGCACUAUCUGAUCUGCGGAGUAUUUCAGACUUUGCUACGGACAAAUAUGCUAAUUGGUUUCUUCCUUCUUCCUCGGCCGUAAUUUUUGUCUGCGGGCUAGUAGAUGAGAUCGAGAUAAUCAUCUACAUCCCGACCUCAGAAUUUUAGUCUGUUAUCUUUGUAGAGCAAUGACUCCAACCGUCGAUGGUCAGUCUCUAUUGUGGGUUCAAAUAUCUGUCAUUGUGGCGCAUCUCACCCGCUCUGUCGAAUGUGAUGUACGUUUUGAGACAGAACCUCUUUUCUAUAUGACGUUUUUUCGGAAUACUGGCGGAUCUGUUUCUCUAGUGCUGCAUCGUGCACGAUUAUCCUAUCGCCAGCUGGAUCAGUCGUCCUCUUCUAAAGUAGUUUAAUACCGUUCUUGGUAAUGAGCUCGUGGCCUCUGCAAAUGUUUUGCACUCUGUUUUCUCCACUAGUUCCCACAGCGGUGGGAGACAACUAUUUUUUUCAUUAAUCGUCAACAACAUUUUUAUCACGUACAGCAAAAGCAUCGGUUUCAGACAGUGCACGAGAACUCCUCAGCACGUGCUCAUUUCCAAAGUUGGCAAAGACGCAUUCGUAGGCUGCAGAAACUUAGUAAAUGUUUGUCAGUUCUUAAGUGGUUAAACUCGUCUGUCGGGCACUUUUCUGUGAGCGGUCCUCAGCAGCGCAUGUGGUCGGCCGCCUUUCAGUUUGACCCUUCAAUCUAUCAUUUCGCAUCAUUAAAAUUUGGGUUCACGGCAAAAACACCUUAUGGAAUUCUAUUCCGUCACAUCUGUUGCAAUGCAGUAUCACAGCAAGUAGCGAGGAUAUCCAUUGUAACUUGUGGACAAAUUCCGAUCAAACAAAUGAUCACACUCUCUUGCGCCUCCUACAAAUAACAGGUAAUAUCCUCACAAAAAACCUGAGCUAUGCAAACAGCACGCAACCUAGCAGAUCAAACGUGUCAACAUUUAAGAAUGAUUAUUAAUCACUCGCAAACCGACACUAAUGCAUGGACCUAACAUCUGUUUUCAUAAAUAACAACACUAACGGAAUAGUAUAAAUGGCGAAAAAUUAAAGGUGGCAUAACGUUGUUUAGAAAUGCAUUUUUUGUAGAUAUGCCUUUCCGCUCUUGCCCUGCACAUGUUUUACAAAUAGCUUAACUAAUACUUUUAACUGUAUCCCGCACCCACCUAUUUGCAUUGGCUUAAUGAGGAUUUAUAAAAAAACAACUUAUGUUCGCCAAAUCGUUUUCUGAAUGUCAGUAAUGGUUAUUAUUCAGUACAUUUGGGUUUCGGAUGUAAAGAAAGCGUGCCCAUGCAAAAACUAAGUAAGCAUGGCAGCAUGAACAGAAUAAUGUUCAACAAUGGACUUUUAAUAACGUUUUGAUCUAAAUACCUUUUAAGAAUUAGUGUAAUGUCAGGUAUGGCGGUUAACCGACUGCCUACAUUCUGAGUAUAGAUUCGUAAACAGUUUCCCUAGAAUUUGUUGUGUUUUCUACUCUUUUUUAUUGACUGUCAUGCGGCCCAAUAAGGUUAAGAGGAUUUUACCUGAUUUCACCAAGAAAAACGUCAUAGGAAUAAAAGUUUUCACGAGGCCACAUAUUGCUAGGCCGGUCGUCGACAAAUACGUCUAGGCAAAUGUUUCAGGCUUAAUCGAAAAUAUGCCAUUUAUGGUGUAUAAAAAUGCUUUGCUCCUUCAAAUAAAUUUGCACUUUUCCUGUGUUCCGGAUUGCGUCGAGUUUUAGAUCGGCCUUGAAAAAUGGCUAAACACUACAUGAUUUUCAUUGUUUGUAUUCGAUUGUCCGUAAAAACAGAUUUUUCACAAGUUACUUAUUAAAACCUUCAGAAUAACAUAGUACCUGAACAGCAUUUGCCGAAGUAACGAGAGUCUGGACGUUCUCUUUCAUGGAAAUGGUCUUUUUGGUUAAAUUUGAAGAGAAUAGAACUCGAAUGUGCAUCUACUUAUUCAUCGAGAUACAUUGGCCUACAGCGAGACGCCUGGUAAAAAGCAUGCGUGAACUUACGCCCUCGUGGUUAGACAGAAGUGAGAUCCGAUCGAUUUCGAGUUCUAUUCUCGCACAUUUAAUCGAUGCAGAUCACUGAGUCGAUGGCAACGAAGCAUUUCAUGUUGUCUAUCGAACACCAACAAGCUGUUUUAAAGGCCUAUGCCAACGGAUACUAGCCGAGGCUGAAGCAGUGGAUAUAUGGCUAGUGAAUCCAGUGUUAUGCUGUCAGAAAACCCUGACACAAGCGCUCUCUCUGCCAUGGCCAACGCCAACUUCAAGUGAUGACGACGUGCCGCCCCAUAUUCCUAAUCGCAAUGAUGGGUACUACGUGUACUCAAUCCAAGAACAUUGCUCGUAUACUCUCUUACCCCCCUGCCCUAGCUCUGAGGACCAAAACCCAUCGACAUCGUCAUGCGGGUUACGUGGGAAAAAUGAGUGUUAAUGAAUAAGCAGCUCUUAAGACACCUAUAAACACUGUUAAUUUUGAACAUUUUUAUUCCUUCAUGUAACUCUGUUGGCCUGACGAAGAAUUACCGAAAACACGUGUUUUCCAACUUUACUUUUCAAGCGUAACAUAUUUUUAAAUAAGAAAACUCUUACUUAAACGAAAUGAACUGACGAAAAAAAUACGCAUCGUCUAAAUGUCGGAAAAUCCUAACACCAGAUUCUUUCAUCAUGUUUCGUGAAUUAGAACACGAAGACAAAGACAGCGAAGACUGAAGUGGCCAUUUCUGACCAGUUAGCUGUCAUCAGCCGGGAAGUAGGCAAUUUGGCAUGCACGAGGUUUUGGUACUCAUUAGCAGGCCAAUAUAGUAACAUAAAAAUUGAAAAUACGAGAAGUUCGCAGGGCAUUUAAUUAAAUCAGUGGCUCCAGACACUUAUAAUUCCCACGACACCAGCAUGAUGAGAACGACGCGUUAUGAUUAUGGAGCAGUGGGAAAAAAGGGGGUGAAAUGGGUUACGACUCAUAAGUUUUGUCAUACACGACACUCCGAGUUUAUUGAGCCCUCUAUUAUAGCAACAAAUAUUUUUUCGCACGUUGUCGAUAUUCUAUGCUCUUAAUCGCGGACUCAUCAAAACAGACUACUUAGCCCUUCCCUUACGCGCCAGUUUGAUCAAUUAUCUUAUUUCUCCGUGUGAUUCCAAUCUGUUUUCUACUUAUAUAUAUAGGUAUCCGGAGGUCAGAUCUAACGGCCAGACAUCCGUUACUUUUAUACAUCUGACACAAUUCCACUUGCAGAUGAUAGCACCACGCCUCAUCAGUACUCUUCUCCUCGCCCUGAUGGUUCACGAUAAUAAUCAGUCACUUUAUUUUUAUUCUAAAUUAAUGCUUUUUAGGGCUUGAUUUCCCCGAGAAUUUUUUUCAUCUCAACUUCAAUCCACUGUCACUCAUGUCGGCCACAAAGAGAUGGGAAAAUUAAUUGCGUCUUCUUACUUAACCGUGCACCUCUAUGACCAUAUCACAAAAAGUUCCAUUCUCAGUGGUAGAAUCUGGUUCCUGUAAAAAAAGUGGGCAGUGAACCACCAGUGUGCAGCUUUUGGUUAAGGCACUUAGCAUGGGCACAAAUCGGUCUAAGCAAUCUAAAUUUAUUGUGUCCUCCUGCUUGAGCAACAGGUAUUUUUGUCGCUUAUUGUCUGUUUUCUAUGCAUAAAGGCACAGAUACAUCAAGCCAGACUAGUCGGCCUAUACGCAACAGUGACUUCAAUUUGUUAUUCACUUUCAUGUUUAUAAACGCAUCUAAAGGUCAAAUCGAACAGCCGGACAUAUCGCUACUUUUAUACAUUAGUCACAAUUUCCUCUCUAGAUGAUAGAACCACAUCUCGUCGGUACCCUUCUUCUCGAUCCCACGUUGUCCGCAGCUUUUGAAGGUCGCGUCAGUUCAUGGAAAUCAAUAAGCGACCUUGUGUAUAUUUUAAAUUAUUACCUUGUCUAUAGUUCGUUUUCCGGGACGAUUUUUUUGCAAACUCGGCACAAUUCCUUGCUAAACCUCAGAACUUAAUAAUUUACAAUAAUACCAACAUGUAACACUUUCAGUAUGCCAAUGACUGAUCAUACAAUGUUCGUUGUCCAUUAGCGCGGUCUGUCUACUUAUGGAAUCUAACAACAUAGGAAAUGAAAAUAUUCGCAUUGCAAGAAGAUAUGCAAUUAUUUUAGUUUAUGAUGCUGUGGUCCACGAUUUGGAUUUUAGUCAAAACAAAUAACAUUAGCCGUAACCCUAGCCUACUCAUAUCACCGACCCUAGCCCCAACCUUGUCGUUACGUAAACCUAGACCGCAAUCCGUACUCUAAUUAAAACCAGAAUCCUGUAUGGAAUUCUGUGUGGAAUUACACACAAUACUGCCAGUCGUCGUCAACCUGACGGCUUAUAUAAAACUUACUGCUCUUCCAAUACUGCUUUACCUGUUUCAGUAGCACUUCCAUAUGAAAUAUUAUGUUGUCUGUUCGAACUUGUAUGUUCAUGUUCACACCCGCCUUAGCAUUUGAAGAAAACGGAUAUCGUGCUACUUUUUCUGCAAUAUAAUUGUACUCGAAAUAACUACUGUUGACGCUUGAAAUACUUCCCCUACCUGUACUUGUUUGAUGUUCUGCUUUGCCAGGUAUGCUAUCCGAUUGUUGGUUGUAAAAAAUAAGGAAUUCGAGGGUGUACAGCCAGAUUUCGUCCAAAUGACUGUGUCUUUAUACAGGUCCUUCUUAGGUGCGGAUGGAAAGAUGUUCCAGAUAUGGAUGAGGUGUAACCUAGCUGCUUAUUAAGAGAUGGAGGUCUGUUUGCAGAAGUUAGCAUUACAGCUAUUAAAACUCAAAUGGAACCCGGCAUGAAAUGGCCUAGGAACUCGCAAUAAAGUCUGAGAAGUUUGCAGGCCAACUUUAUUUCUUUGGCAUCACCAGUACGUACGAUUCAAGAGUAGGCCAUUUACUUUUCCUCUGCAGGCGUUGCGGUGUUGCCGUACAACGAACGGAUUUACUCUCGCAAUAGAGCAAAACGGAGGUCAUCUGUUGGUGGCAUUGACCUAGACAUUUCCGCGUAACGACCUGUGCUGCAUUCUACCAAUUACGCAUGGCUGUAUGUGUGCCACCGAAGCAUCCCGAAAGGAAAUUAAACACGCGGGAUUUUGUACCUUGGGUCAUAUUUAACUUCAAAUAAAAAUUAGUUUGCCAAGUAGGUGUGUCAGAUUCACUUGCUGUGGUUGAAAUCUUACUGAAUCCCAUUCUGUCCAUCAGCCAGCUAGGCUGCUGGCGGUAACGAAUGUUGCGCCAUAGGACACGCGCCACAUGCAAUACACAGAACGCUUGCUAAAGUACUAACACUCCAGAUGCAGACAGGUGAGUAAUGUUUUAUGCAAGGGAAUAAUAUUCCACUAGCCAUUCCUGUGGCCUUCGAGGUGCUAACCACCAAUCAUUUGGUCUUACAGGCGCUCGCGUCUAUGCAAGAACUAGCUGUCGUCCGAUUUUUGUUAUUUGAGGCCUCCAAGUUUCCCUCGGAGAAAAUCACUCAAAUAUCCUCCUAUUUGCGGCGCUAACGGCUCCUCACAAUUGUGUCAGUGGCUUGUCCCCACCGAGGUAUAUAAACUUCUCAAGUAGGUUUGCGAUCCCACUUGCUGUGGAUGGAAGGCAGGUUAUUUGUUUUGGUCAGCGCAAAUAAAUCAUCGAAGUGCAGGGCACAGUGCCGACACCUUACAAUCCAGCAGGCCUGUGCAAGACCUCCUUGAAUCUGCCUACACUUAAAGGGGAGUAUGUUAAGCGCAUCAGGUCUGCACUUGCAUCAAGGGGACUGUAGGCAGUUCACCACUUAAGUCACCCCCAUCUGAACCCUUUCCAGCAAAUUAUAAUAUUUUUAGAUUGAAUUACUAAGGUGUCCUUUGGACACCGGAUUCUUUACUCGACAUGAUGUUGCGCGUAGGGACGAUGCGGGUUUGAGAGCAACGGAGAUGCCAAAGCGACUGAAUUGUUGGGAGAUUUUUUCAAAUAUUCCUUAAAUGUACAGCAGUGAAUAAAAUUUCCGCGACGCUUUAUCUCCACUAGAAUCGAGGCUUGAUGGUUGUCUCUGGCGUCUUCGACAUUUUUUAUAAAGCUGGCUGAAUAUCUGUUGGACCAGAAUAACCGAUGCAAGUUGGCCAGUUCUUUCAUUAAUAAGUCAUCACUGCUGCAGAUAAGAAUGGCCCGAUGAAAAAGAGUGCGGACACAGUUUUUUUUCUGUGUAGAAGGACGAUUGAUCCCAUAGGUAGGGAUAAUUUUGACACUUGAUUUUUUUCAGGGGACGAUUUUUUUUAUUUUCCAUCACUUAAUCUUUGUAGUUUCACAUCGCGAGUUAAUUAUACAGCCAGAAAGACGCCAUUCAAGCUCUAGUGCAAUUGCUCAUCUUAGCAGGUCCUUUUGAUGACGAAUGUGUCAUCUACGUAGCGGGGCCGCGUUUUUGGUUUGCUUGUUUGCACAACAUCCUCUUCUAGUCGCUGUACUACUAGUUCUGCAAGCAGCCCCGAUAUUGGCUAGUCGAUUGGGAUGCCCUUUCUCUGUCGGUGGUACCUGUCAUCGAAUUAAAAUUAAUUCAUGAGCAAAAGCUCAGUCAUGUUAAACGUGCUAUGUUAGAAUGCCCAUGGGAUUUUCCUAUGGACAUCGAGCUACGUUCUAAAUCGCCGUGUCAUGGAGUAUUGGGGAAACCAUGGCAACAGCUUCGAACGAUAGGGUGCAUUCGUCAGGACUUACUUCAAGGCCUCCGAUCUUCUGUAGGAAAGCCGGAGAGUUUUCGAUGUCUAUUGGAAUCCAUUAGUGAGGAGCUUUGGGUGAUGGAAUAACCAGCUCGCAAGGUUGUCAGAAGGGAGAUCCAGUGAAUGGCUCUAUGGUCCUCAGUGGCGCAUCCGCUUUAUCCAACUCUGGAAAACCGUUCUCAUCUGCGAUACGGGGGUCACUGAGGCCCAUAAAUCUGCAGUCGUCGGUGCUUAUAUGCUUCAAUAGGGCAAAUUCAUUCACUUUCUUCUUUGCAGCCGCAGCCUGUUUUUUCGUUGGAUCUACAGCAAAUGAUGGAUAGGCUUCCCCUGUCACUGAAGAUUUGGUUUACCUUACUGACGUAGGCAGCCUUUUCCAUGAUGAAGGUUGCUUCCCCCUUCGUCAACAGACAUAAUAACUAUUUUCCCUCUGUCUUCAGCGAUCUCAACGCCUUUUUCUCUUUGAUAAGAAAGGUUUGAUAAUGUUUAUUUGUUGAAGGAGACCAGUGGAGCAACUGCGGAUGUCCGCAGGCAUGUCUUCACGAACUGUGGUCAGUAGGAGGGGUUCAAUAUUGGUUAGGAAGUUUGUAGGUGCAGCAUCGGUGCGACUUAGUCUGAUUCCUUGGACAGGAGGCUUAUUUCAGCGGACGUUAGAUUCCCUUUGGAAAGGCUAACGACCCUCGUUGACAUCCCGUUCUCGCCGGCUGAGCCAAGAAACGUCUGUAGUUUAUCGCGCGGAUGGGCCCGUUUCUUCAUUCUGGCGUUGUUGGCGUUUAUUCGAUGCACUACCUCCUCAAAGAUGUUUAUAGGUAGACAUUAGACGCAUUGGUUUCUAAGGUCGGAAAUGUUUGCUUCGAAAAGGCAAAGAUGUCGCAUAUAAGUCAAUUCAGUUUCAAUCCGUUCUUGUGAUAUAUUUAUGGUCAUCGAAUUAUUCUUCAACUCUUUUGUCUGUAUGAGUGUUGUGACGCGUUUAACAACUCUCUCCCUCUCCAGCUCGGUCUUAUCUAGGAUCAAUUCCUAGUGCUUCAUUUACUCGCUCGACAUUAUCGGCCACUAGAGACCGUCAGUACUACUUGAUUUUUUUAAUCGCAUGAAGUUUAAUCGAACGUGGAAUCUGUGAGAGAAAUGUUUGACUAAUUACGGGAAGGAUCUGUGUUGAUGAGAUUCCAAACAUUUUCCAAACAUGCAUAAACUUUUGAAGUCUCGUUGUUGGAUCGUCAGCAUACUCAUUGAAAUUCGGGGGGUCGUUCCAUCAUGCAUACGUUAGUAGGUGCUAAAUCCCUCAACUUCAGCUAGUAUCUGUGCCGUUAAUAUGAUAUCCUGCAACCCAAUAUAUACUACUAGUUGCCUGUCGGCAGAUGAUGAAUAUUCCACCGUUAUUCCGCUGUGCCUGAUGCACAUCGGCCCAAGUACCCAUACAGAAAAUGUUGGUUUGCGCUUGUAGACCCUAAUGUAAACUGAUCCACCCCAAGUUUGCAGUUUAUUUCUCAGGGAAAUAAAACCACAGCAGUUUCACCUUUUAUUAUCGACUCAUAAACGCUUAAAAAUCCCUUUUUAUCGCUCCUAUAGGCAACACAUAUCUCAGAACUACAAACUUCAACAUUUUGGCGGUUACUUUGAAUAGCAACGCGCUUAUCCACUUCAUAAGUUCGCACUCUGUUAUAUACCAAGUCUCAGCCUGUUAA